UUCCCUCCUCCCCGCUCUGUGUUGACACCGGCCAUUCAGUAGGUCCCCACCGAGCAGUCCGGACUGCCGUAUUCAGAGACCCGAGCUCCUCCAGUUCCUGUUUCCGCUGCAGCCUUUCUGCUCAGUUUUCUGGAGCAACAAGACCCGCGUCAGACCCAGCCUCCGGCAGCCUCCUCGCCGUCCCUCCGGUCGGAUGCCUCUGGAAGCUGGCGCGUCAGAUGAAGAAUGCAACUUGAAUAAAGGAAUCCGGUGGGACUGGACGGACACAGCGCAGCACUCUCGGAUAAGCCGGUCAGCGCCGAGCCGGGGGAGAGGUGAAGCCACUAAUCGGGCCGUCAUGCUUUAGCACACAGGAAAGACUGGCUGAUCACUGGAGAAGCACCGUUUGCCUUUACAUAGAUAAUCCUGAGCCACAGAGGCACACAUCUCCCACUUAUCUGCCAUUUGUCAUCCUUGCAAAGAUGCCAGUGCCAAGAUUAACGCGGUGGCAUCUCUGGUGACGGAGCACACAGCUUGCGUGCGCAUCCAGGCAGGCCGGCCGGCUGGUGGAUCGACGGGCGGACGGGCACACCACAGGACAUUUUCGGUGGGCGUGGUGGAAGCAUGAGGCCCUGGGCAGGCUCUUGGCGGUGGAUUACCCUGGUGCUGCUGGCCUGGGGCACUCUCCUCUUCUACAUCGGUGGCCACUUGGUGAGGGACAGCGAGCAUCCGGAGCGGUCCAGCAGGGAACUCUCCAAGAUUCUGGCCAAGCUCGAGCGGCUUAAGCAGCAGAAUGAAGACCUGCGGCGCAUGGCAGAAUCUCUCAGGAUACCAGAGGGUCAAGCAGAAGCCGGGUCGCUGGCGGCAGGACGGCUCCGCUCCCUGGAGGACCAGCUGACUAGAGCCAAGCAGAAGAUUCACAGCUUCCAGAAACUCACUGGAGAUGGGCCCGGCCCCACGCAGGAGGAGCUGCGCAGGAAGGUGGAGAACGGCGUCAAGGAGUUCUGGUACUUUGUGCGGAGCGAGGUGAAGAGGCUUUCCAAUGUGGAAAACAGCGAGAGGCCGAAAUAUGCUGACACACUCCUGCAGGACCUGGGACAUCAGGAGAGAUCCAUCAUGACAGAUUUAUACUACCUCAGCCAGGCAGACGGAGUUGGCGACUGGAGAACGAAGGAGGCUAAAGACCUGUCAGAUCUGGUCCAGAACAGAAUCACCUACCUACAGAAUCCCCCAGAUUGCAGUAAGGCGAGAAAGCUGGUGUGUAACAUCAACAAGGGCUGCGGUUACGGCUGCCAGCUCCACCACGUCGUCUACUGCUUCAUGAUCGCGUACGGCACCCAGCGCACGCUCAUCCUGGAGUCGCACAACUGGCGCUACGCCCCCGGCGGCUGGGAGACCGUCUUUCUGCCCGUCAGCAACACGUGCACUGACCGCUCCGGGGCUUCCACCGGACACUGGUCAGGGGAGGCUCAUGAUAAGGAUGUUCAAGUUGUGGAGUUGCCCAUUGUGGACAGUCUACACCCUCGGCCCCCCUACUUACCUCUGGCAAUCCCGGAGGACCUGGCCCCGCGUCUGCAUCGUCUGCAUGGCGACCCGUCUGUCUGGUGGGUGUCGCAGUUUGUCAAGUAUCUUGUUCGCCCUCAGGCGUGGCUGGAAAAGGAGAUCCAGCAGACCACCGCCAAGCUGGGCUUCAAACAUCCCAUCAUCGGGGUCCAUGUCAGGAGGACGGAUAAGGUGGGCACGGAGGCAGCCUUCCAUCCAAUAGAGGAGUACAUGAAGCACGUGGAGGAACAAUUCCAGCUUCUAGCCAGACGCGCCAAUCUUGACAAGAAGCGGGUUUAUUUGGCCACAGACGAUCCCUCCCUGCUGCAGGAAGCUAAGACAAAGUAUCCAGACUAUGAGUUCAUCAGCGACAACUCCAUCUCGUGGUCAGCGGGCCUUCACAACCGUUACACCGAGAACUCGCUGAGAGGCGUCAUUCUGGACAUCCACUUCCUGUCUCAGACGGACUUCCUGGUCUGCACGUUCUCCUCGCAGGUUUGCCGUGUAGCCUAUGAGAUCAUGCAGACACUCCACCCGGACGCCUCUUCGUAUUUCUACUCCCUAGAUGACAUUUAUUAUUUCGGAGGUCAGAACGCCCACAAUCAGAUCGCCAUCUACCCGCACCAGCCACGCAACAGCGAGGACAUUCCCCUGGAGCCCGGCGACGUGAUCGGCGUGGCCGGCAACCACUGGGACGGAUACUCCAAAGGCAUCAACCGCAAGCUGGGACGCACAGGCCUCUACCCCUCCUACAAGGUCAAGGAGAAAAUUGAGACGGUGAAGUACCCACUGUACCCCGAGGCAGACAAACUGCUCAACUCUCAAAACAAGUAAAAAGAAAAAGAAGAUGGUAGGAAAAAAAAAAAAAAAGAAGACUAUGGAGAAACAUGUAGUCUCCGGUUCCAGGGAAGGAGGCUGCCUUUUUUUGUACAGAAGAAAGAGGCGUACACGCUGCGCUAAGCUGAGAA